CCACAGAUCCUUGCGACGGCAGCGAAAUCGGCCGACGAGUUUGACUGCGAGUGGUAGUUUCCAGAGCCCCUGGAGCAAUUUAUAUUCUCUGUCGCCAGAGUAUCUAUCGUUACUGGCACUUUUGCCGAUACAGUAAGCUACCAAAUGCUUCGUCAGCUCGCUAUUUCCCGUGGUAAAAUACGGAACAUUCAUUGCAAAUACCUGCUCGCUUCGUCCGCGCAUAUCGUUCGGCCAGUGAUUCGAUGCUUCUCUGAGACUCCUGCUGCCGUGGGAUCCAAAGGAGCAGCGCAGCCGUCUACACCAACCAGAAAACGAGCCUCUUCGCCACGAAGCCGGCCGUUUUCCCUCGCGGCACUCGCGUAAACGCUUCCCUCCUCUUUGCAAGGACCCAGUGGAGCUGAACGACCUGACUCAGAGCGUAUUGGAAGCCACGCCGGGGACCUUGUUUGCUUACCAAGACGGCAAAGAUUCCAUGGAACAGGCCUGGGAUGCAGCUGAUGUAAGUGUCCAAAAGGUUGAGUAUUUACUAAGAGGAUACGCUUUUCACAUUCCCGGAACGCAAUGGAAUCGGUGGACACCCAGCGACCCGCAAGGCAAACCGGAUAACGCCCUCGAAACGAUGCAAAGCUUGGUGGGUCGCAUGCUUGAUGAAGGUCACGCAUACAUGACUGUGCGAGCGAAUCGGAUGGAAGAAACUCACGGUAUCCGAGAAGAUGUGGAAGGCGCAUCUCCUCGUAUUUCGUUGGGCGAGUCCGCUUCGAAUUUUGGCAACCUUUUCGAAGCUGGAAAAAGUAACGAUAGCGAAAGUAUCACCGAGAUCUCAGGAAAUAAUACCCCGGUGAAUUCAGCGAAUGCUUUAGCCCCAAAGAGUGAAGAGAACGAGAACAGGAAAAGUUAUUUGGACGAUUUUGCUUUCCCGGGUCCGACAGUUGUCAUGUACAACGCCCUCCUGGAUUCCAUGGCGUGCCUUGCCAAAGAUGGCUCUGUCAACCCCAUCCAAGCCAAGCUCUGUAUGGAAAAUGUUUUGUGGCGACACACAAUUGAUGGUGGAGACGCGGGCAACCGAAAUCCAAGCACGAGACCGUCUGUUCUUCCUUUCAACGCUGCCAUUCGAGUCGCAGCGGAGCUACGUUAUGACGCGACGAGGAAGGAUCCAGAGAACUUACUCUUGCGAGACGAAGCUCUGCUCCUAGCUUUUGGAACUUUUGAUGCUGUCACCCACUCACGAGUAGCAGAAAGUAACAGUGCUACGUAUAAGUACCUGCUAAGGGCCGUGGCAAAGUACUUGCCUCCCAGCCUCUCGAAGGGCAAUAUCGCUUACGGUAUGUGGACGCAUGCUCGAUUGCAAGGCCUUAUCGACCCAACAGUUAUAGCAGCAUAUGCCACUGCCAACGAACCUAGCAACGGCGAACUGUUUGAUGCAUGGGCUCGAGACACAUUGUACGGAAAGAACGUUACCGAUUUGCCACAGAAAUGGAGACGCAACAGUUUUACGAGACGGUUCCAUGGCCGAGAAGCUACAUAUUAACAGUAAACAAUAGUAAAAGAUUUCGUCACUCACCCACC